AUGGCUGCAUCUUCAUCUCUCCAAUCCUCUUUCUCUUAUGACUUCAUCUGAAAUUAAACAAUUAUAUUCUGAUCUUAAACCAUUCACCAAAGCAAGCAAGCUUUCUGGCCAUGGCGGCAGCGGUGGCGGCGGCUACUCAUGCAUCGGAAUCAAGAUUUCACGUUCUGGCCGUCGAUGAUAACCUCGUGGACAGAAAGUUGAUCGAAAGGCUUCUCACCACUUGUUCUUACCAAGUUACUGCAGUGGAUUCUGGGAACAAGGCGCUGGAGUUUCUUGGGCUAUUGGAAGAUUCCGUGACGGCUCUGAACUCCGACCCCCACGAAGUGGAAGUGGAUUUGAUCAUCACAGACUACUGGAUGCCGGGGAUGACGGGGUACGAUCUGCUGAGAAAAGUGAAGGAAUGCCGGAGAGACAUUCCGGUGGUUAUAAUGUCGUCGGAGAACGAAGCGUCGAGGAUCAACAUGUGCUUGGAAGAAGGCGCGCAGGAGUUUCUGGUGAAGCCCGUCCGGCAAUCUGACGUCACCAAUCUGAUCAAGCCGCGCGCGUUUGUGAAAGGCGGCGACGAUAACGGCGUUGUUUCGCCGGUGUAUUGUUCAGGCGUCGAUGAUAAUCGGCAUGGAACGGCGACGGCGACGGAAACUGUUAUCUCCCCGCCGGCGGAGCGAUAAAUAAUUAUUGAUUUUUUUUUAGUGUGUUCCUAGAAAAUUAAAGAAUGGUUGAAAUAAAAGUUUGAGAUUUCUAA